AUGCCCUUGACCGCACGGGAUAGGAUAAUAAUGGAAGCGGGCCACUUUCCAAAUGCAGUGAAGUUAGCUGGAUCUAUCUUGAAUUUUCCUUAUGCUGAGGGGCGCCAUGUUCUAUUCUGGAGGUCAUUGCGUAACGUGCAACGUGCAACAAGCCGUUUGAUCAAGUUAACGUCUCUAACGACGCGUGUACUGUACGGGCAAAGUUUGCAAAGCGUCGCCCGCAGUAUGGACUACCCGAUAUGGAGCGACCAAGUACAUACAGUACCAUGUGUAGAGAUCGAGGCGGCGGGGACCGAGCUGGGGGUUGAAGUCGUGGUCGGUGAGCGUGGAGUUUAG